AUGGCGGCCUACGCAUCACCUUCGGCCAGCAACACUACUCCCACAUCUACCUCCGCAACCACUCAUUCCUCCUCAAGAGAGAGUUGGAUCGACCCGAAAGACCAUAAAAAAGGGCCUGGUUCCGAAAGAGUCUAUCCUCAUAUCAAGGACAUCAUUCAAGAUGCCACAACCUCGGUCAAGGCUGAUGGAUCACUUAUACAAUACCUGAACGAGGUUGAGACAUGCAUUGCAACUGCCAGGAACGCUGUAGAUUUCCUUCGGCGGCCCGAUUUGGCUUACAAGAACUAUGUACUCGCCUACGAAAUAGCCGUCAACUAUAUCCCACAUCAUAAGGAGUAUGGUUUCUGGGAUAAUAAUCAUUCUUGGGCGAUGAAGUACAAGGCGGCGCGGAGAAAGCUGAACGAGAUGGAGAGUCAGAUGACUCAAGUCAAAGCAAUGAUUGAAGAAAACAAUGCCCGAUACGGUACAAACCCUCGAACGGUGUCAAGGAAACCGGUGUACUCAAGUGGGUUUGGAGUGCCACCGCACACUCUGAAUGCUGGCGCCGAACGCCCGCCCUCUUCGAGAGGCACGGAUCCCUCAACCCUGCAACAGGCGCCCUCUCAGCCAUCGUAUCAACUGCCCUCGCCUCUUCGGAUAGAGCGCGCCCGUCCUUCCAACAAGCCAAAGCCGGAAAGCCUCCAUGGGCGACCAUUAACCGACACAUCUAAUGAUCUCAGCCAGAGGUUUGCCCGCCUUAGAGGUCUCGGGACGUCUUCCGAGGAGCCCUCUCUGUUGGCGAUGCCUAAAGCAAGUGAUUACCAGGCCAGCGGGAACCGUGGACCACGGCCUCAGUCGUAUACUCCGCAGGCGUAUCCAGACGUCAAUGGAUAUUCCAGUCAGCGCCUGAAUGGGCCGAGAGACAUGCCUGGCUCCAUCAAUAAUGGCCCUGAUCUACCACCCAAGGUGCCCCUUGCGACAUCGAUUGCUCUGCCCAAACCACCUAGUCCGACGUACAGUCCUAUAUCCACCACAGCGGGAGGAUCGCAUGCAAACAGCAAUCGUCUGUCCGCAGAAGGUGGCCGCCCUCCCUCAGACAAAAGGCAAACUUAUUACAACCAGUCGCAAAAUUCGUCUUCCACAUCUCUACAUCUGCAGAGGACCCGCGAUGAGCUCCUCUCCCCCUACCGGCCGACCACCCCAAAUGGAGUGAAUUCUGCCAUCGUCCCUAAAAGCAGCACCAGUGAUCUUCCACACAAAACUUCCAUCGACGCACCCACUUUACACGAAUACAUGAGGAAAUACAACGUCCUCCUGAUUGAUGUCCGCGAGAGGGUUCUGUUCGAUGACGGACACAUCAUGUCUAGUUCAGUCAUCUGUAUUGAACCCAUUUCCUUGAAAGAAGGUGUUUCGGCUGAAGAGCUUGAAGAUCGACUUGUCCUUGCCCCUGACAAUGAGCAAGCUCAUUUCUCCCGCCGAAAUGAGUUCGAUCUUGUUGUGUACUAUGACCAGGAUACCAAUGACCACUCUUACCUGAAAGGCCCUCCGAGUAUGACAAAGGCUCCAGCGCUCAGGGCUCUCUACGACACUCUGUACGAGUUUAACGACACCAAACCACUAAAGGACGGUCGCCCUCCGGCAUUACUAGCAGGUGGCAUUGAUGCUUGGGUCAAUUACAUGGGGGCACAGUCCCUUGCCCGAUCGAGAACAGCCGCCACACUUGGAAGUACUCGUCAACGAACCGCGGUUCUACCAGGCAGACCUGUCGCACGCCAGCGCCUAGUGUCCGCCAAUUCACGGUACGAAGUCCGCAACAGGCGGCUUCGCGACCACAAAUUCUUGGAUGAGAGCGAGCAAGAGGCAUGGAGACAACAAGCAUUGCAAGAGGCGGUGACUCCAACUGAAAGGUCAGAAACGGUCAGCGAUGAAGAGUAUCCCGGGGGGGAAGGAGAGCAGUUGCCGCAAGCACCCUUCAUCCCGGACUAUGAAACUUUCCUGCGCCGCUUUCCCUCUAUCAAACAGCAAGAAUCCAUGGUCAUGCCCGCUCGGAGGCCUCUACCUUCGCAUCCGGCCGCUUACUUACCGCAGGCUGCUCAUGCUCCUCCCGCAUUACCGGCAGUGCCUGCUAGACCCCCUCCCGCAAUCCCAAGACCUAGUUAUUCGGGCCAUGCGGACAUCAAUGCACCUCAACCGGCACUGGCAAGGGUCACCUCCGCUACUCGCCCUCCCUUGUACUCUUCGGUCACGUCUAUGCGGAAUAGGAGGCUACCGAAAACUGGUCUCACCAAUUUCGGAGUCACAUGUUACAUGAAUUCGACUCUGCAAUGUUUGUCAGCGACCAUUCCCUUGUCCACCUUUUUCAACGAACGGGUAUACGAGGGCUAUGUACAGAGGAAUUGGAAAGGCAGCAACGGCAUCAUGCCCAAGCUAUAUGCCAACUUAAUCCAAGCAGUCUGGCAAGGAGACAAUGAAGUCAUCAAGCCAUCCACUUUCAGAAACUUUUGUGGGCGCAUGAACCGGGAAUGGGCUAUUGACCGGCAGCAGGACGCAAAAGAAUUCUUUGACUUUCUAGUUGACUGUCUGCAUGAAGACUUGAAUGUCAACUGGGAGAGAAAUCCACUUCGGCCCCUGACCACGGCCGAGGAAAUGCAAAGGGAGAGGAUGGAGAUCGCCCGUGCCAGUUCCAUCGAGUGGAAACGCUACGAACAUCGUGACCAUAGUUUUUUGUCAUCGCUGUUUGCAGGUCAGCAUGCCUCCCGGUUGCGCUGUCUGACGUGCAAACGGACGUCUACAACAUACGAAGCAUUCUACAGCAUCUCCAUCGAGAUCCCAAGGUCCGGCACCGGACACAUUUACGACUGUCUGAAUUCCUACUGUCGAGAAGAGAAACUGUCGGAGUUGUGGAGAUGUCCUUACUGCAAGUGUGAGCGCGAGGCGACCAAACAGAUCAUUUUAACACGUCUUCCCCAAUUCCUUGUCAUCCACUUCAAACGGUUUGCCGCGUCGAAGCACGAAAAGGCCAAAAAGAUCCAUACUCCAAUCGAAUUUCCCUUGUACGGUCUGGCCAUGGACGACUUUGUCAUCCCUCGCCCCCCGCCCGCUCCCGAUCAGGAUGGACCUGUCGAUAUGGCGACCACAGCACCAUACACUUACGAUGCGUAUGGUGUGCUGAGACAUUUGGGAAACAGUGGUGACGGAGGACACUAUAUCAGCAUUGUCAAGGAUCAAGGUCGGGGCUGCUGGAGGAAGUUCGACGACGAGCGGCAUGUCGAUCUGGAUCCUAACAAGCUGGGACAUCGGGAUCGACUGCAAAAUGGCGAAGCUUACAUUGUGUUCUAUCAGCGGGCGCAGGCAAGGUGA